AUGGGGGUUCGCUGGCAGACGGUCGCCUCUCUCUCUCCUCCUCCUCCUCCUCUUCGCUCCUCGUUGACUUUCUACGCGCAUCGUUUCUGGGAACCGCUUACAAUACGCUCGUUCGUCAUGCUUGUACUACGAACAACACCUCUGCUCGCCGCCCUCUCGCUCCUCUCCGUCCUCUCGGCCGCAUCAAGCGACUUGCCCAGUCAACUGCCUCCGCAUGCCGCCCUCCCUCCCUCCCACUCCUCCUCCCUCUUCGCCGACUCCUCCUCCUCCUCCGCCGCCGAAGACUCCCUCAAAGCCCUCCCCCAACCCCUCCCAUUCAAGAUCAAGCGCCCUCGCUCGCUCGAACAAGUCCAGCAGAACCUUGGGAAGCGACUGGCGAAGAGGGGCGAGGAGGGGAGCAAGACGGAGAGGGUGCCGUUCGUUUCGAGGACUGCUGCGGCCACGGGAGGUGGGGAUGGGCAGGGUGGAGCGGAGACGGGGAGGGCGACGCAGCGCGUUACGGCCGGAGGGAGCCGAGGAGGGGGAAGUGUCGCGGCUGCUCAGCCUGUCCCGUCGACGACUCAGACGGUCGAGACAGGCUCGAAGAUCGUCUCGACUGGUCUCUUGACCAUGGCGUCGCCGUCGGCAGCUGCAGGAGGAAGCGGAGGGACGGUCACGCAGGUCGAGACGGCUUCUUCGGGCGUGUUGAUCACCAGCACGGCGGGACCGGCGAGUUCGGCGUCGGCGUCGGAUGUCGCUAGCGCACAGGCAGCAGAGGCGACGUCGAGCACGAGCAUGACCAGCGGAGGAGCGGCGGCGGGCGCGAGUGUAAGCAGGAUGCUUGCGGGAGGAGUUGCGGGUUUUGCCGCCGUCCUCCUCGUGCGGUGA